AUGAAGACGUAUGAUUUGAGUAGGCAAGUAAAUGACCCAGGUCAGGAACAAAGCUCGGAAAGAUCUUCCACAUCACAGGCGACUACCAAGAAGCAAAAAGAAGAAAUGAACCAUAACGACAAUGCUCAUCAACGCCUUGUUGCAGUGCUUCUGAAGCAAGAAGCAACCAAGACGAAACAAAAGAAUAAUGUAAAGAAGAAUGACACACAGAGUAUGAAUAAAGCGGAAGAAAAGAUUGCUGCAAAAAGAUUCGAAGCCUAA